GUCGGCGCUGCAGUCUCCGCAGCCGCCCGCGCCGCCCGCCGUCCGCCGGCCUGCGCUCAGUCGUCGCUAGGACGUCGCGCGGCGCGUGCGUCUCCCGGACCGGCGCGUGCGAUGGUGGCGGGUGUAGUACGGCAGUGAUUCUCAGGCCAGAGUGAGCGAGUGUGUGUCUCAGAGAGGCGCAGAAAGAGAACCAUGUGGGACCGGCGCAGCGGCAGCAUCACUCGCGUGGCCGACACUUUGGUGAUCAGUGUGAGCCAGCCGACCGAGGCGGCGCUCUGGGGUGACGGGCCGCCGUCGGGGGACUGUGCGGAGGGCGCCGAGCUCAGGACAGGCAACUGCUCGUCACCGGCGAACGGUGAAUCUCCGCCCGGCAGUGGUACAUGGCUGGGUAGUGACAGUGACUGUGCGGCGAGUCUGGGGUCGGAGGACACCCCUUCUACCCCCGGCCCCGCCCCGGCGGCCAGUGGGGACGGUAUACAGAUCAUCUGUCGGUUCGACUCGCCCCCGCCGCGGCCGUCGCCGCCCUCCUCCCCUCCCCCGUACCCUCCACCUCCUCCUCCCGUCGAGUCGUCACCGACGCUGGCCGCGCUCAGCCACGACGUCAGCGAGUUCAGCAGCAUCAUCGAGAUCGACGGCGACAGUUUCUGCAUCCGCUCCCGGCUGGUGGGUCAGGAGGAGCCGGAACCGGAUCCUGAACCGUCCUCCUCUGCCGCCGGUGACUCUGAGGUCCGCGGUGACCACUCCGACUCGGAGUCAGACUCCGACUCGGACUCGGAUGACGAUACUGCAGUGCUGGUCGCACAGUGUCGCCGGUUCUACGAGUCCCGUCUGGUGUCACGGUGGCCUGCCCUGAUACCGGAGGAGUCGGACGAAUCUCCUGCGGUCCGAGGAGAGACAUUGCUAGAGGAGGAGGAGCACGAGCGGCCGACCAGUGUGGACAGUGGACGCGAGAGCGGCACCGACAGCCGCACGGCUGAUCAGGAGGAGGGCGCGCCGCGGCCCGAGCUGACGGAGGCGCAGACGGAGACACAGACGGAGACACAGACGGAGACACGGAGACAGGAGCAGGCGCAGACUCCGCUGGAGGCCAAAAUGGCACUGCUGCGGCGAGAAGUGAGCUCCCUGAUGCGACAGGACAACGAGCUGUUUCGCCAGCUGCUAAGUCUGCACGACUCCAUCGAGGCCCUGAAGCACGGCGACGGCUCUCUGUCCGCCGGAUCUUCACUGUGCUCCCUGGCAGAUAUUGAGGAGGAGGACACGAUAUCGACACCUUCGACCGACCUCGACCGACAGAGCCAUCUAUCGACGGAAACCGACAACCUAUCGCUGGUGAAAGGCGACUCGGGCUCAGAGCGGUCGUUCUUCUCAGAAAUUCUCCACGUGACCGGAAUGUCGCAGUGGGCCAAAACGCGCCUGCUCGGACCAGGUCUGACUGCGGCGCAGGUGGCGCCACCGUCGCCCCGCCAGGUGGCGCUACCGCCGCACUCUCCCGCUGCCGAGAAGGCUCCUCUGCGGAGACACCGUAAGCAGGGCUCCUGUGACUCUGGUAUUGUGGAUCAGGAGAUUCGCGGCCAGGCCUGAGCACUGCUAUGACGUCAGUGAAAGAAGUCGGUGGUCAUGACGUCCUAAGACAUCAUCUGAUGUGACGUCAUUCGGUAGCCACCGCGUUUCCUGGCCAGCUGCGCAGGCCAGACUUGUGAUACAGCAAAGACUCAUCAAGAGCCAGACUACGUGCUAGUGCGUCACAUCAGCCGCUCCGGGCGGUGUCACAUGACGUGACGUCAGUAGUGGAAGUCGGGCUGUCGUGUCCAUGGCGGAACCCGCGCAAUUGUAUAGUCAAAGGCUGUUGAAUGAUGUGUGAGCGAGUGAUUUGACGACGAACGUGAGAUCUCAGUCACCGUGGGCUGCGAACAGCUGAUUGAUGACGUCAGAGUGACGUCAGAGGUAGUGAUUGAUGAAAACUGUCACGUGAUUGGUUCGCAGUCGUCUGAAUCCUGUGCUUGCAUGAUUUGCUUUGGUUUGUUCCCAUACGCCCCGUGGCUUGUCACCCAUGUCGUACCGUACCCAUGUGAUAACUUAGCUGAAGUCAUAUCAAACCUAACACACCAGAACAUUUACUAACGGCUCCAUAAGAUGGAAAACUUGUAGCAGUCAGGAUACACGCAGCCGGGAUAUUACAUAUUCCGAUGGCACGGUGUAUUGAGUCCCCCCACCCGUCGCAUGGCAAAGAACCCUGUGUUACACUAGCGCCCUGUAUAUGAAUUGUCCGUGUCCUGUAAGAGCUCCGUGCUCGUUGGAACCGUAGCACGCAUUAGGUAGGUAGAUGGCCACCCAUUGAGAUUGUUUGAACUGUGUGAAAUGACAAAUAAACAUGGCUCCUGUGAAA